AUGGCGCGGCGCGAGGCGGCGAGGCUUCUCCGCCGCCUGGGCCCGCUCGCGGUCGAGUCGUGGACGCGAGGCAUGCCUCAUAGUCAACAUGAAUCCGCAAACCGCAUUGUGAAUUCUUGUAGAAGAUUCCACUGGAUUCCCAGUCUACAGCGCCCUCUGUGUGGACCUACAACUAGUGGGGGAAUAUAUGAAGGCCAAAGCAGUGCUAAGAAGGCUUGUGAAGUUCAGAAGCACACAUUUGGUUCUGCUGCAACACACAUUCAGAGGAAUCCAGCCUAUUCAGAGCUGAACUCUGAUGAUGUUUCUUACUUCAAGAGCAUCUUGGGUGAAAAUGGUGUAGUUCAGGAUGAAGACAGAGUCGCAGUUGCAAAUGUAGAUUGGAUGGGUAAAUAUAGCGGUGCAAGUCAGCUACUACUUUUACCAAAAAAUACUACAGAGGUUUCUAAGAUUCUUUCAUAUUGCAACACCAGACGAUUGGCUGUAGUUCCACAGGGUGGCAACACAGGUCUUGUAGGUGGCAGUGUGCCUGUUUAUGAUGAGGUGAUUGUUGGCCUCUCCGGAAUGGACAAAAUCAUUUCCUUUGAUAAUGUAAAUGGUAUUCUUACUUGUGAAGCUGGUUGUGUGUUGGAGAAUUUAAGUAACUUCGUGGAAAAUGAAGGGUUUAUUAUGCCACUUGACUUGGGAGCAAAAGGUAGUUGCCACAUUGGUGGGAAUGUUUCAACUAAUGCCGGUGGCCUGCGUUUCAUACGCUAUGGUUCACUUCAUGGAAGUGUACUCGGUCUUGAAGUUGUCCUGGCUGAUGGGACUAUCCUUGAUAUGCUUACUACUUUAAGGAAAGACAAUACUGGGUAUGAUCUGAAGCACUUAUUUAUUGGAAGUGAAGGCUCACUAGGAGUAGUCACCAAAAUAUCAGUACUUACGCCUGCGAAGCUUCCAUCAACUAAUGUUGCAUUUCUUUCCUGCAAUGACUACAAAAGCUGCCAGAAAUUACUGCUGGCAGCAAGGAGGAGCUUGGGUGAGAUCUUGUCCGCAUUUGAAUUCAUGGAUCAUCACUGUAUUGAUCUGGCUAUGCGACAUUUGGAAGGAGUUCACAAUCCGUUGCCUGCAUCCCCAUACAAAUUUUAUGUUUUAAUUGAGAUAACAGGAAGUGAUGAAUCAUAUGACAAAACAAAACUGGAAGCAUUUUUGUUGCGUUCAAUGGAAGAUGGUCUAGUAGCUGAUGGUGUUAUCGCGCAGGAUAUCAGCCAAGCAUCAAACUUUUGGCGGAUCCGUGAGGGUAUAUCAGAAGCAUCUGUCAAAGUUGGUGCUGUGUAUAAAUAUGACUUGUCCAUACCUGUAGAGAAGCUCUAUGAUAUUGUUGAAGAAAUGCGCUGCCGUCUUGGUGAUAGCGCAGAGGUAUUGGGCUAUGGCCACCUUGGAGAUGGGAAUCUGCAUUUAAACAUUGUAUCAAGCAAAUAUGACGACAAUACUCUUGAACGAAUUGAACCAUUUGUCUAUGAAUGGACUUCAGCACAAAGAGGAAGCAUCAGUGCAGAGCAUGGUUUGGGGCUAAUGAAAGCUGAGAAGAUUCACUACAGUAAAUCACCUGAAGCAGUGCAACUAAUGGCCUCCAUCAAGAAGUUGCUGGACCCCAAUUCGAUCCUGAACCCCUACAAGGUUCUGCCGCAGUCUGUACUGUAG